AUGACAGGAACCGUGGCCUGCCUCGUCACCCUCGUCGCCAUAUCUCCCGGCCUAUGUGUAAUCCUGACUCGCCGCCCCCUUCGCCUACCUGGGGACAACUCGGUACCGUCGCAGGGUAUCUUCAUUGCCAUCUUGACAUCGAGCCAGGUCUUUCCGGUGUCCUUCAAUCAGGCCCUCACGACUUGCUCUAGAACCUCUCCUCCCAUUCUAGUACCGGUCUGUGGUGCCAUCAAGGUGGCCCUGCCCGAGUUUACUCAGGACCAAAGCGACAAUCCCGGAGAAGGUGAUCAUAGAUUGCCCCAGUUGUCAGUGCAUGCAGGAAUACUGGGCCAGAUCGCGGUCAAGGUGCAGAGGGAUGUCGCCUACGCCCUCACAAGCACCGCAUCCUUGUCUAACGAGGAACUUGACGAGCUUGACUCGGCCCUUGAUGACGCAACACUUUUGAUCUCAGACCAGCUUUAUCAAUUAGAUUGCCAGCUCAACCAGUUGCUCAUCACCUCAUCCAGGGAUCCAGGAUGGUGGUCUGAGAUACUUCGGUUCUUUUACAUUGAGGAGACCAAUGUCAACCGAGUCCUCCGCAGAAUUGACGAUGUUAAGCGAAUAUGCGACAAGGCACACAAAAACCGGCUCAAGAUCAGCGACCAACUGGCCACUGGGGUCGUUAGCAUCGACGACCUGCAUAAGACGCUCUGCUCAUGGGAAGACCAGCUCAACCGAUACUCUACAUCUGAAGAGACCAACUUGAAGGACCUGCAAGGGCGGCUCAAGGACCACCACUCCCCCUCGUGGUUUUGGGGCUACCUUAGCUGUGGCUAG